AUGAAGGCAGACCUCGAGCUGACGUGCAGCAUCCGCUCGGCUCGCCGUGUUCUGUAUCGCUGCUACUUUCUGCAGUACUCCAAGAUAGAGGAGAUGAUCGAGCUUAAUGCAGCGAUCAAGGCCGCGUGA